AAAGAGAAAUGUAGCAAUAUCUACCUCCAUGCAUCAUGCAUGUUAGUAGUAGCAUUGGUGCCUGCCCGGCUAUAAAUUCCAAACCCCCUACCGAGUUCAUUCUCAACUCAUCAGCUCGAGAUUGAUCCUGGUCUCCAUUAGGCCCUGGCUAGCCCACUCCACUCCACACUAGGUACCGAUGAUGGUUCACCUCCUUGUUGUCGUCCUCGGCGCAGCAUUGCCGCUGCUCUUCUUCUCCCAUGCUGCGGAGGGUGGCGAGGUGGGCGUCUGCUACGGGAGGGUGGCGACAGACUUGCCGGACCCGGCAUCCGUGGUGCGACUGCUCAAGAAGAACGGCAUCACCAUGGUGAGAAUCUACGACACCGACCCGACGGUGCUGCGCUCGCUGGCCAACACCAACAUCAAGGUCACAGUGGAGCUAACCAAUGAGGAGCUGCCGCUGGCGGCGGCCGACCAAAAUAAUUUCGCACUGCAGUGGGUGCAGAACAAUGUGAAGGCCUACUACCCGGCCACGCUGAUCAAUGGCGUGACGAUCGGGAACGAGGUGUUUAAGGAGGCUAGCCAUCUAAACUCUCAGCUCGUCAUGGCCAUGAAGAACGUGCAUGCGGCGCUGGUUACCGUUGGUCUGGCUGACGCCGUGAAGGUGACAACCCCCAUCGCGUUUGACGCGCUCAAGACGUCGUUCCCGCCGUCCGCCGGCGCGUUCAAGGACGACAUCGCAAUGUCGGUGAUGAGCCCCAUGGUCGACUUCUUGCAGCAGACCGGGUCGUAUCUCAUGGUGAACUUCUACCCAUACAUCGCGUACCUCAAUACCCCAGGCAUGUCCAUUAACUACCUCUUGUUCCGCCCCAACGACGGCGUGCUUGACAAGGUUAGUGGGCAAACAUAUUAUAGCCUCUUCGACGCUGAGCUCGACGCAGUCUACUAUGCGGUGGAGAAGCUCCCGUCCUCCAGCAUGCACGUCGGGGGGAUGAGGAAGCUGACGGCAGGAGGAGGGGGAACCCCAAACGUCCACCAUGGGGAGCAUGGGUACCCAAACCAAGGCCACAAAGGCGUGGGAACCCCACAAAACGCCCAAGAUUUCAUGGCUGGUCUCACCCUCCAAGUGCUGCAGGGUAACUCCGCCGCCACGAACGGACGCAGCCCGGUCGCCGCCAGCGCUGUCCGCGGCACCCCGCACCGUCCCAACACCGAUAUGAACGUGUACAUCUUCGCCCUCUUCAACGAGAACAGCAAGCCGGCAGACGAGCAGGAUUUUGGGUUGUUCUACCCGAACGAGCAGCCCGUGUACCCGAGCCCUAUCGACUUCGUUCAUGGCGGCACCAUCGGCGGGCCCUUGCAGGCAAGCUAUUGCGUGGCGAACCCGACGGUCGGGGACGCGGCCUUGCAGGCGGCGCUGGACUACGCAUGCGGCCACGGGGCGGACUGCGGCGCCAUCCAGCCAGGGAAGCCUUGCUACGAGCCCAACACCAAGCUCGCGCACGCGUCCUACGCCUUCAACGACUACUACCAAAAGAACGGCCGGGCCAGCAGCGCGUGCGACUUCGGCGGCGCCGGCACCAUUGUCAACCAGGCACCAUCAGGUGCGUGCGACCCGAGCCCAAGCUGGUGUGUGGCGAACGCGGCGGUGGGCGACGUGCGGCUACAGAUGGCGCUGGACUACGCCUGCGGCCACGGCGGCGCCGACUGCACGGACAUCCAGCCCGGAGCACGGUGCUUCGACCCCGACACCAAGGUCGCGCAUGCGUCCUUUGCAUUCAACGACUAUUACCAGCGGCGUGGCCGGGCCACCGGAACGUGCGACUUCGCCGGGGCCGGCGCCAUUGUCCGGCAAGCACCAAAGAUCGGCAACUGCGUGCUGCCGUCAGGGGCCUGAGCUGAAGAAACUGUAGCGACCUACGAGAUUAAGAAAUAAUUGGUCCUUACGGAUUAUUAUCCUCUGCUGUCAACAAGGUCUAGUUUUCAAAUGUAAAACUAGAUGGCUUAUUUAAUAAAAUUUCCUAAAGCAUAUCUUGAAGUGUCAUAAAUAUCGCACAUCUA